AUGACAAGGGUGAAGCCGAUAGUUAUCAUUGUCGCUGCAUUACUUCCUGAUCUCGGCAUAGGCAUAAGAGGGAAAAUGCCGUGGAGAUUAAAGGAAGAAAUUAAAUACUUUAAAGAAGUCACAUCGAGGACUGAAGACCCAAACAAGAUAAACGCAGUAGUAAUGGGAAGAAAGACAUGGAAUUCUAUUCCUGAGAAGUUCAGACCCUUAAAAGAUAGAUUGAAUGUCAUUUUAUCACGAAAUGUUGAAAAUCAUAUUGAAAAUGAUAUAAUCUAUGCAAAUUCCUUUGCAAAUGGUCUUAAACAGAUUGAGAAAUAUCCAAGAGCAGUAGAAAAAAUAUUUGUUAUUGGGGGUUCAGAAGUUUAUAAUCAGCUAAUAAAGACUGACGAAGUGAGUCACAUUCUUUUAACUGAAAUUACUAAUUCCAACGCAGUUGAGAUGGACACUUGGUUGGACUUUCCGAUAUAUCAAGAAGGUAGUCAAUGGAAAAAACAACCAGGACACAAAUUGAAGGCUUUCACAGGGUAUGGCUUAGAUCCAGAGCAGGAGCUAAAACAAGACGAUUAUUGUUAUAAGUUUACCUUAUGGGAAAAAGAUUAA